GUUUGGUGAUGUGGCUCUGCUCCGAAAUCCAUCCGAGGAGGUCUAUCUAAUAAAAACACUCUUUCACCUGGGGAGCACUCGCACAGUGCCGCCUUUAUGUUCAGCCGUCUGGCCACCGUCCUCCAUGAGCUCUCUGGAGAAGAGGGCCCAGAUGGAGACCCACAGGGUAUGUUGGUGCCUCAGCUGCCUGCCGACGGCGAGGCCCAGCCUCCAGCCGACUCCGAGGUGCCCGAGGACGCCAUGGAGAGGCUGGCUCACCUGGAGCAGCUGGUGGUGCAGCUGAAGGAGCUCAUCCGGGACAAAGACACUCAGCUCGUCCAGAAGGACGCCGAGCUCUCCGGCAAAGAUGCGCAGCUCAAGAACGAGAAGGAAGAAGCUGAAGCUCGCUUCAGCAAACUCAAACUGCAGGCCAAAGCCAAGAUGGCAUCACUCAACAAACAGAUCACGGAGUUGAAGGGACAGGGAGGAGCUACGAGUCCAGACAGCUCCUUCUCCGGCGCCGCCGUCGAGGACGACCUCCAGGAGCUGAGGAGCAGGCUGAGCGAGGAGGAGGCGAACAGCAGGGCGCUGAGCGAGCGUCUGCAGUCCGCCGAGCAGCUGCUGCAGGAGAAGGAGUCGGCGCACGCCGAGCAGCUGCGCAUCCUGCAGGCCGUGGUCUUCGAGAAGGACGUGCGAUUCCAGGAACAGAUUCAGAAACAUGAAGAGGAGCUGAUGAGAGUCACGACACAGCAGAAUGACGGCGAGCUGCAGCAGGCGUUGCUUGCAGCUCAGCAGCGGUGCGACGAGCUGGAAGACGCCUUGAAUUCUCGCUCUCAGAUGCUGGAAAUGCUGCAGCAGGAAGUGAGCAGCGCGGAUCAGCAGAAACAGAUCUUGACGGCUCAAUUCAGGCAGAUGGAGCAGGAGCUUUCUGAGGCGCUGAAGCAGAGGGAGGAGGACCGGCAGCGGUGGGACGAGCGGGCCGGCAGCGCCGACGCCGAGCUCGCGGCCCUCCGAGCCAGCCUGGAGGCCCUGGAGGGAGAGAGGGCGACGGCGGCCGACCGGGAGAGCGAGCUUUCCUCCCUGAGAGAGGCCGAGCGAAUCGGCCGGGAGGCUCUGGAGGACGAGAGGAAGGAAGUGUCCAGAUUAGAGGCAGAGCUGUCUCUGAUGAAGGAGGCUGAGCUCGGCGCUGCCGCCGCGAGCAGCGAGGCUUCGGAGAGAGACCGAGCCGAAAUCCAGCGGCUCCAAAGCGAACUCGCCACUCUGAGAGACUCCGAAGCUGCAGCCGCCAGGCGGGACGACCCGGAGGGGGAGAAGGCCGAAGUGGAGAGCCUGGAGAGAGAGCUGGUGGCCCUCAGGCAGGAGCAGGAAGCCGUGCAGAGGAAGAGCCGAACGCUGGACGAGAUCUGGAGACACCUGAGCCGCCUGGCGUCAGAGGACGUCGCCGGGAGCGAGGACGAGUCUGUCCCCGCCGACCCGGCCCUGCUGCUGGACGCCGUGCAGUCUGUGGAGUCGCAGCUGGAAAGGCUGAAGUAUGAAAACAGUGAGCAGGAGGAGCGCUGUGCUCAGCUGAGCCACACUGCAGCAACCCUGAAGGAUGAACUGGACAGAAGAGUCUGGGAACAGGAGGAGGCCACGGCCAAGAUCCUGGAGCUGGAGGAGAAGAUCGCAACGAUGGCAGACAGAGAAGACGCAGCUGAACCGUCACAAGAUUCAUCCGAAGAGGAAAACGCACGUCUCCUCUCACUGGAGCAGCAGCUACAAGAAAAAGACCGUGAACUGAUGGCGUUGCGCGAGUCCCUGAUCAGAGCGACCGAGCAGAGCUCCGGCGAGGCUGCAGGUGAAAGCUCUGAGCCGCCGCCGGACGCCCCGGACGCCGUCCCCGACUUCAUGGACGAGACGCAGGAAGAGGAGACCACCCUCGUGGCCGAGGACACUUCCGCUCUCUCCGUUUCCGCCGAGAAUGAGAGCAGCCCGGAGCUGAUCGGACCCCAGUCCGAGUCUCCCGAGGAGUCCAAAGUCACGUCCUCGGACGAGAUGGUGGCCAGCAGCGACUCGGAGGUGGCCCACAGCAGCUGGACCCUCCUGGAAGCCGUCAAUCAGGACGGCGGUCAGGAGUGGCCCUCCGUCCUGCAGGACUUCAACCAGUCCUGGGUGGCAACGAGCAUCGAGCAGGAGACUUCCUCCGUCCAGGUGGAGUCCUCGUCCGUCGUCAUCAGAGAGACGGUGGAAGUUCACGUCAGCUCGCAGGCGGCGUCCUCGGAGCUCCCGGGCCCGUCCGGCCUGUUCGCCCAGGCUUUAGCCGAGGAGCUCCAGAAAAGGUACAGCGAGCUUCUGGCGGAGCUGCAGAGGCUCCGGGAGGCGACUGCAGAAUCCCGCGAGAGAAUCAGGAGCCUCGAGGAGGAGACGGAGUCGCUCACCGCAGCCAGAGACGAAGCCGAAUCCCGGGCCAGUCGCUCUGCGGAGGAGCUCCGCUCGGCUCGGGAAGAGCUGGAUCACAGCUCUCAGCAAAACGGCUCCUUAGUGGACAAACACGGCGUGGAAAUGCGGCUCGUCGAAGAGCAGGUGGACCUUCUGCACGCUGAAAAUAAAUCCAAGGAGCAGCAGAUUCAGGCUCUGCAGACAGAUCUGGAAAUAGUCCGCCAGGCGCUCUCUGAGCAGGAGGGUCAGGCCAGGAUGCUGAGCGCUCAGCUGGAGGACAGAGAGCUGCUGUCCUCUGAGCUGGAGAGGAGACUCCGGGACAUGGAGGACAGCAUGCUGGCGUUCUCCCAGACCUCAGACCUCAACAACGAGUCCAUGUCACAGAAAGACCUGGAGAUCAGCGAGCUGCAGCUCCGCCUCGGCCAGAAGGAGCAGGAGCUGACGGACCUGAGCACCAGCAUGUCGGCCAGACUGCUCCAGGCGGAGGACGAGAAGAGCCAGAUCGACGGCGAAGUGAGCAAACUGAAGGAUGAGAUCAUCGAGCUGAAGAAGGUGAGAGACGAGGCGCAGCAAGCCAGCGCCGAGGUCUCCGCCGCUCGUCCGGAAGAUGAACUCGACGGUCUGAGAAAGGAGAAAGGAGCGCUGGAAACCCAGCUGGCCAACACGAAGAAGAGGCUGCAGGCGGCUCUGGUGCAGCGCAAAGAGCUGAUGAGGAAAGUGGCCGAGUUUGAGGAUGAAGCGAAGAAGCAGAAAGAUGAAACGCCUCAAGAGGAAACUCCAGAAAGUGUUCCUCAGAUUGAAACGCCUAAAGGACACGAGAUCCAAGAGAUGGAGGCGAAACUUGUGGAGCUAGAGCAAGCUUUGAGGUCCAAAGAGGAGGCAGUGGAGACUCUUGAGCUGAGAAUUAUCCAGCAGGAUCAGGUUCUGGCUGAAACGCUGGCUGAGAAUAAGAAGCUAAGCGAAGAAGCCGAGAGCUCUCCUCAGGGCGACGUUUCCUCAGAAACGGCGGCGCUUCAGUCGCAGGUGGCCUCGCUCCAAGCCGAGUGCGAAACGCUUCACAAGAAGGUUCAGGAGGCCCAAGAGUCUCGCAAGGAAACCAUCCGCAAGGCGAAAGAGAAGGACAGACACCACCGGGAGCAGCUGAAGCAGCAGAAGGAGGAAUACGGCGAGCUGAUGGAGCGUUUCGAGGCGCAGAGCGGCGAGCGGGAAGCUCUUCUCUCCCGACUCAGAGAUCUGGAGGCAAAGCCAAGCUCCGACGGGGAGGACGCGCCGCAAGAAAAACAAGAGGUGGAGAAUGCGGAGAAGCCGGCGGCCGCAAACGACUGGGUGCAGGAGGACUGGGUGGAUUUCGCUGCGUCCGAGACGGAUUCCUCACAGACCCAGUCCAGCGAUCCGGUUCAGCUGGAGGAGUCGCUGAAGGCGCUCAGAGAAGAAGUCCAGACCGUGCGUUUGGCCAGCGAGGAGCUGGAGAAGCAGCUGGAGGAGACACAGCAGCGUCUGUCGGCGAAGGAGGCCGAAGUGUCGGACGUGAGCAAAGAGCUGCUGGCGCUCAGAGAGAAAGAGCAACAGAUCGACGCUCUCUCCGAAGAAAUUACAGACCUGAGAGAGAAGCUCCAGCGAGCCGAGUCCGACGCCGACGCCCUGAAGGCUCAGGUGGAGGCUGCAGCCGGAGCAGAUUCAGCAGCAUCCGUCGCUGCUCUUCAGUCCGAAGUGGAAGACUUCAAGCAGUUCCUGGACAAGAAGAACUCCGAGAUAACCGAGCUCAGUCAGCAGCUCGGCGAGCAGAACUCGCUCAUUCACGCCAUGCAGGACACCGUGUCUCAGAAAGAUGAGGUGAUCGCGUCGCUGCAGCAGGAGCUGAAGGCGGAGCAGGAAAAAACUCAGCGAUUAGAGGUCGAAUCCCCGCAGAAGCAGGAGGACGACGGCGAGUCGAAGAUGCAGCAGCUUCAACGCAAACUUCAGGCGGCUCUGAUCUCUCGCAAAGAAGUGCUGAAAGAAAACAAAACCCAGAAGGAGCAGCUGGAGUCCAGUGAGAAGACUAUAAAUGAGCUGCAGCAGAAAAUCGACGCUGCAGAAGACAAGCUGGAGAAACUCCAGGGAGAAAGAGUUCGACUGAUUGAGGAGGUCGACCGAGCGCUGAUGGAGAACCAGAGUCUGGGAUCGUCGUGCGAGAGCCUCAAGCUGGCCAUGGAGAACGUCCUCGGCGAGAAGGACGCCUGCAAGAGAGAGGCGGAGCUGGCGAGGGAGGAGGCGUCCAGAGCGUGCCGAGAAUGGGAGGAGAAGGUCCAAGGCAUGAAGGACGAGUACGAAAUGCUGCUCAAGUCUUACGAGAACGUGAGCGACGAGGCCGAGAGGGUCCGGCGGGUCCUGGAGGCCGCCCGGCAGGAGAGACAGGAGCUGGCGGCCAAGGUGAGAUCCCACGAGGCGGCGAGGCAGGAGGCCGAAAGACAGGCAGAGGAGUCGCAGAAGGAGGUGGACUCGGUGAAAGACAAGAUGAGGAAGUUCGCCAAAACGAAACAGCAGAAGAUUCUGGAGCUGGAGGAAGAGAACGAGAGGCUGCGGGAGCUGCAGGAGAAGCCUGCGGGGAAACGAGAGGACAGGACUCUGAGAGCUGAAGUCAGACAGCUUCAGGAGGAGCUGGAAGCUCUGAAGGCGGAGCUGGAGACCGCAGUGACGGAGAGAAACUCAUUAGGGCUUCAGGUGGAAGAGCUGAGGGAACAGCUCGCCCAAAAGGGAGAGAAAGACGGUGAAAAUUCAGUUGAUCCACUGAAAACUGCCGGUGCUGUCGAAGAAGUCAUCGCUCCUCAAGAGUCUCACGCUGAACCGACUGCCAGCCACGAGGAAGAAACAGAGCAGUCCUCGGCGUCUCAGGGUGAUCAGCUCACAGCAGAUUCUGCACCUGAAGCACUUUUACAACCUGACAGAGAAACAGCAGAAGUGACAGAAAAAGCUCAAACUGUAUUAGAAGACAAAAUGAAGGCGAUGGAGGAAGCUGUUGAGGCAGAGAGGGAGGAGUGGCAGCGGCAGGAGGCUGAACUCAAAGCUGAGCUGGCCUCUCUUCAGCGAGAGCUUCAGGAGAUGACGGAAAAGCAGAGCCUCGUCGACUCUUUGGAGAAGCGCCUUCAGGACAGCAAGGACAGAGAACGGGGUCUGACGGAGGAGGCUUCAAAGAGAGAGGCCCAGUUCAAAGAUCUGCUCCGAGGCCUGGAGGCCGAGAAGGACAACCUGGAGGAGCGCCUGAUGAACCAGCUGGCCCAGCUCAACGGCAGCAUCGCCGGCUACCAGCAAGAGGCGGCCGACCAGCGCGAGCAGCUCGCCGAGCUGCGGCGCCAGGCGGAGCGGCUGGAGAGGGAGCGGGCCGAGCUGGAGGCCGAGGCCCAGAGCGAGCGGGACCGCGCCGGCCGGCUGGAGGAGGACAUGCGGCAGGCCCGGCGGGAGCGCGCCGAGGCCGAGGCGGAGUCCGGGAAGCAGCGGGAGCUGGAGCAGCAGCUCCGGUCCGCCCAGCGGGUGAAGGAGGGCAGCCAGAGCCGGGCGCGGCAGCUGGAGGAGCUGCUCAGGGAGAAGCAGCUGGAGGUCCGGCAGCUGCAGAAAGACAGCAUCCAGUACCAGGAGAGGAUCAGCGAGCUGGGGAGAGACGCCAAGGCCCUGCAGAUCAGCAACGACGCGCUCUCCAGCAACCUGGAGAAGUCCCAGUCUGAGGUCGAGAACACUCUGGAGGAGCUGAGAAGAACCGCGGCGGAGCUGGCGGACUGUAAAUCACAGCUGGAGGAAACCCAGAGACGAGCCAGCGACGCUUCAGCCGCGAAAACCAGCCUCGAAAAGAGCAUCCAGGAGAGAGAGGCCGCGCUGAAGGCUGAGGCCGAGCAGACGCUGGACUCGGUGAGGUUCCGGCUGGGAGCCGAGCUGAAGGAGAUGGAGCUGCGGCUGGAGGAGUCGUACAGAGAGCGGGACAAAGAGGAGGAGGCCACCCUGGAGGCCAGGGAGGUCGCGGAGGGAGCCGAGAGACGGGCCCAGGAGACGCAGACCCGCCUGGACGAGACCCUGGCCCGGCUGACCGCCUUCUCGCGCUGCAUGUCGUCCCUGCAAGACGACCGGGACCGAGUCCUGGACGAGGCGCGCCAGUGGGAGUCCCGCUUCAACGGCGCCCUGCAGGCCAAGGAGGCCGAGAUCCGGGAGGCCGAGGCUCGAGCCAAGGAGCUCGGAGAGCAGCUCCAGAAAGAAACCGCCCUCAGAGAAGAGCUGCAGGUUUCUGUCGACAGGUUAGAGAAGGCGAGCUCGGACUGGCAGCUGGCGUUGAAGGAAGAGGAGAAGAAGGUUGCAGAGAGUCUGGCGGCCCUGGAGGAGGAGAGCGGGAAGCUGCUGGAGACCACGGCUCAGCUGGAGGCCGCUCAGAGCCAAGCCCAGGUCCUGAAGGGCGAGGCGGAAAGCCUCCAGCAGAGGAGCCGCGCUCUGGAGGAGGCGGUGAGCCGGCUGCAGGGCGGCGCCGAGCAGGCCAGGGCCGAGCUGAGGGACCGGGAGGCGGAGGAGAGGCGGCUGUGUCUGAGCCUGGAGCAGCUGGAGACCGACCUGCGGUCCUCCAAAACCCUGACCGAGAACCUCCAGAGCGAGCUACAGCUGAAGGAGCAGAGGGAGGUGGAACUGCUGGGCGAGAAGGAGCAAGCUGUCACACAGGCUGCAGAGGAGGCGAGGAAGGAGGCCGACGAACGGGCGCGUGAAGCCGAGGAGGAGCUGGAGCGGAAGAGGGGGGAAGUGAGGGAUCUGGGAGAAAACCUGCGGAAGGCGGAGGAGGAGAGCAACAACAGCAAGGUGAAGCUGGACUCCUUCAUGAAGGCCAUGGGCUCCCUGCAGGACGACCGAGACCGAGUCCUCAACAUGUACAGGCAGCUGGAGGAGAAACACCUGCAGGUGAUGAUGGAGAAGGACGGUUUGAUCCAGGAGGCGGCGGGAGAGAACAACAGCCUGAAGGAGGAGCUGCGCUCUCUGCUGGUCCAGAGAGACGACCUGUUCGCCGAGCGAGCCAAGCUGGCCGCCCAGCUGCACAACUACCGCGAGGAGCUCAACCAGGUCCUGAGCAUGAAGGAGUCGCAGCACCGGCAGCUGCUGGCGGCGCAGAGGGAGCGCGUGGAGGGCCUGGAGCGGCAGCGCCGGGAGCUGGAGGGGCAGCUGAAGAGCCUCAGCCUCGCCAGAGAGGCCGAGGUCCAAGCCGUGGAGAGCCAAGCCCUGAGUCAGGCGCCGCAGGCGAUCGACGCUCCCGGGGCGGAGGUGGAGAAGCUGAGGGAGCAGCUGCAGGCGGCCAGGGAGCGAGCGGAGGGCCUGGAGGAGACGCUGCGGCGGGAGAGGGAGGAGCAGGAGAGCCGGAACAAAGAGCUGGCCGAGCUGCGGUGGGAGGGCGGCGUGAUGAGGACGGAGUCGGAGAGCGCCCAGGAGAGGGUGUCGGAGCUGGCGCUCGACCUGCUGGCCGUGGAGCAGAAGCUGCUGGAGGAGCGAGAGGCCGCCGGGCAGCUGAGGGCGGAGAAGGAGUCGAUGAGCAGAGCCAUGGCGUCGCUCCAGGACAGCAGGGACCAGGCGCUGAGCCGGCUGCAGGAGCUGAGCCUGAAGCUGGAGGAGGCCGGCAGGCCCGACGGCCCCCCGGCAGCGAGUAGCCCCCCCUCCGCCACCGGAGAGGUGUGGGGCCUGAAGAACGCCCUGCAAGCCCUGCAGAACGACCGCGAGAGGCUGCUGGAGCAGCUCCAGGCCCAGGCGGCGGAGCUGAGGAAGCAGCAGGCGGAGCUGGCCCGCCUGGGAGCCGGGGAGCUGAUCAAAGUCAGCCAGGAGCUUUUCGAGGAGAAGAGGAGGAACGAGGACGUGCUGGGCGUCGUGUCGCAGCUGGAGAGCGUGGUGGAGAUGGGAAAGCAGGAAAACGAGACUCUCAGGCUGGAGCGGGUGGACUGGAUGGCUCAGGCGGAGCAGCUGAAGCAGCAGACCCUCGCCACGCUGUCGGAGCGCGACCAGCAGCUGCGGCAGCUGACGGCCAUGCUGGAGGACGCCCGCGCUCAUCAGCCCAAACUCCAGCAGCAGCGCUACCAGACCGAGGGCACGGAGGAGGUGGACAGCGCUCCCGGAGCGCCGCAGGAGCGGAGCAGCGUGCAGGACGGCCACGCCUUCACAGCCGAGCUCAAAGAGCUGCAGCGCAGGCUCGACGAAGAGACACAGCAGAGGAUGACUGUGGAAGAGCAGCUGAUGGUCACGCAGGAGCAGCUCAAACGUUAUAGCCAGGCUCAGCGGCACUCCACGCACGAGGAGGAUCUGUCCGAGACGGCGGUGUUCAUCGAGCCGUCCGAGGGAGCCGUCACCCGGACUCGGAGAGGCGGUCGCGGGCUGGUGCGGAUGCUUCGGGUGGCCUUCUGCUCCCGCCAGCGCACGCCCCUGCUGCUCAGCCUCUACCUGCUCACCGUGCACGUCCUGCUGCUGCUGUGCCUGGGAGGAUUCCUCUGAGAGACGAGGCACCGGCACAACCCAACAUAUUAACUAACUAAACAAGGGCACUGGAAGGGAUGAUUUACAUGCAAAUAUUGCACUUUACACGACUUAAUCCUUCAGCCAAAGUAUGUAGAUGUGUGUUUGAGUUCAGCCUGGAUGACUUUGAGUGUGUAUGAUACGACGUGGAAGAAAGAGCAUGAAGGGACGAAGUCUAACUCUCCUUUUCCAAAAAAAAAAAAAAAGGCUUCAGAAGGAAAUGUAGAUUCAUACUCAAGUGUUAUUCAUGUGCCUUUAGAUUUGGAUAUAACCUGAACACAUCACUACAUGUUGAAGUAAACGUUCCACAUUUUGGGUGAGAAACUUUCUGGUGGAGGCAGCGUUUCGUUGAAAUCCUAGGUUUUUUUUUUGUUUUGUUUAACAUCAUUAUACUGAACGUUGAUGCUACUUUCCUGUCUUUCACUGCAAUAAGAAGCGAGUUUACUCAGCUUAGUUUACCACAAAGACGGGAAAAAUCAGAGAGGCAUGGCUGUGAAGCGGCUUCAGAAGGUUUGAAAUGAACCGAAAAUCUUUCUUUCCUGCUUGAUGUGUUCAGUUUGGUGGUGUAACAGUUAAUCAGAAAGCACAUGCUGUUUGACUACUGGUGGAGUUUUACCUGUAAUAUCUGCACAAAGGUUUUUCUCCCACAAUUCAGAAACAUAUUUUAGGUCCAGCUGGUGAACAUUAACUGCUCCUGGGUUGAAUGAGUGACUCAUGACAGGAUAGAAACUGCAGGAUUUGGGCUUUGAUAGUGUUUUGGGUUUAUUUGGUUUUGAGGAGAAAGUAUUGUAGCUGCUUCCAUGCGGUCAUGUUAACGUCGAUUGAAACGAGGGGUUUUUGCAUCAGGAAAAUUGGAAAAAUAUAGAAUAUGUUAAAUAGAAACUCCUCCUGGUGGAUUUUUGUCAAAUCUUUGACUUAAAAUAAUACUCAUAUUACUUGGAGUAUUUGUCUUGUUGCCAGUUUACUGAUCAGAUCUGAACUUUUGUCUUUUUGGACUUGAAAACAUAUAAAAUCAUAUCAAAAUGUUACUAUUUAUCCCUUAAAUGGAUAUUUAAAAAAAAAAAGCAGCUUUUUGGAUCUGGUGUUAAGUUAGAUGCUGUGACCGUGCCAUUUGCAGACUCUGGGAAUGCGACAUCAGCUUACUUUUUAGGGGGCCUAACCCUAACCUCGCAACCAACGGACACGCUGAAAAUAACAAGUCUGUGCAAAGGGGAGUUUGUUUGUGGAAUAAAAAAUGUCUAAAAAGUUAGAUCAUGAACAUCUGAAGUAGCUGUUGUCAGAUCGAAUUUCUUAUGACUAGUUUUUUUCGGACGUGCUGCUCGGCUAAAAAUCUGGAGCCGUCUGUCCGCCGGAAAGUGGAAAAACUGACGCAAAAUGUUGAAUCUUGAUGGUUUUAGGUUCAGGGUUUGAUUACUGUCCAAUUUGUUCCCAAUCUGCUACUUUCCACUCACCAGAAAAAGGAACACAGUGCAAUUUUCUGUUCUUACACAUUCCUGUAUCGUACUUUCCUUUCUUUCUUCCAACAUUAAUCAUAAUUCCAAACGAGGAAGGAUAUAUAUAAUUCACAUGUGUACAUACUGUAUGUACAUGUAUAUUUGAGCUGGAUGUGGGAGGGGGGCUUCCAGUGGUAGCCACAGUGUGGAUUCAUUCCAAAGGAGAAAGACUAAUGAUGUCCAUCCACUUAUUCUUACUCUAAUGUAGCAUAAUUUAUUCUUCGUAUGAAAGAGUUGAGUUGUCCAUCUUUAUGUGAAUCAACACCCUCUGGUUUGUCCCUCGGUGCAGGUUAAACAACUUGUUUGUUUUUGUUUUUCUUUUAUCUUCUCGCGCAGGUAUUACACUGUAAAUAACUGUUUAAAGGGCUGUAUAGAUUAAUAAAAUGUCAUCUAAGUGUGUUGGUGGUGCAAGUCAGGGACAUACUUUUUUUUUGUUUUGUUUAAAUAUUUGGCUUACCAGAAACUAAUCAACAUUUGUCUUCAUCUUUUGAUGAAUUUGGGGAAAUUGAAGUAUCAUCUUGGAAAUCUUGGUUUAAUUUUCUUCAGAGAAAUCAUUGCAUACUGUAACAUUUUCCAUGUUCGUAUUUAGAUAACCUGUUAUUUCCACGCGAAGGGACGAUGUAAACACUGUUACUGCUCACACAACGGGACUUUAUUAAAAGCUUUUAAUAAAGGAUAUUUUAAGUGUA